AUGGCUGUCCUGAAGUUCCUAUCGGUGGCGGCCGUCGCUAUUUUUUUGUCAGAUAUCAACUGGGCAUAUGGUACAGAUGAAACUCCUGGGGGAGCUACGUCAACUCCUGAAACUAACGGAGGUUCUAAGGAUCAAGAAGAUGCAUCUGAUCCAGGGCCUGAAGAUGUUGGGACUGGUACUGCCACUAAUAAGGCCGUGAGAGCAGAGUGCUGGGAACAAAUGAACGCGGCCCGCAACCAUGUCGGCUUCGCUGAACUCACGCACGAAAAGAGAUUCAAAAUUACUGAAACUGACCGCGCCCGUUCUGCCACAACACUCAAGGAUUACCUGAACACAGUCUGCAAAGGCAUGAAAACCGUGAGGUUUGGGUCUGAAACUAUCUUUCUCAUGUCUUGCCGGAUUGGACAGCGCAGACGGUACCAGCCUGAUGUACACUCGUAG